AGAGCACCACUGCCACUGCUCUCCCCUCUCCCCUCUCUCCUCUCUGUCUGUGUUUCUCACUUAUCGUCCACAGACACUUUCUUGCCUUCCCUCUGAUUUCUCUCACACUCUCUUUCUCUGCCCUUGUCUGCGGUCCCUCUCCUCGCCCUCCUCUCUCUCUUUCCUUUCUUCUCCUCCUCUCCCUUUUUCUGUCUGACUCUGUCCCAUAAGCAGAGAUAGGAUCUGUUACAAACAGCAGCAGCUUCACCAAGAGCCCAGACCCCGUAUCACAGGCUGACUCCUGUGCUAACCCCACAAGGAACAUCAGUGGGUGGGUACUUGACUGAGACAGCACCAGGGAGUUAAUACCAGUCAGUGCUGCUGGAGGUGUGACACAGUCCCAGCCCUCUACACAUUGAUUCACACCGGAUUAAGCCACUGCAUGAUGCUUCAGGCGGAAGGCCUGGCGCAGCUGAUUUACUGUUGCUGUCAGACUUAACGCCUUUGGAGGCCUCCUCUGCCCUACUCCUGUCUCUUGUGGAAACAAUUGUGGAAAGCAUCUGCCACCGCACCAACCAGAUCACCCAAAGGGAUGACUGGCAGUCAUCUUGCUCAGGAGUAAGAGAGGAAGCAAUGGGCUGGACUAUGAUUCUAAAAGAUGACUUUGGGGUCAUUGCCUGGGCAUGGCGAACCGGGAACUACCUCAGCCUCUUCCUCCUCUUGUCUCUCUUUUCCAUUCCAGUCCAGUCAGACAUUGUGUUUCCUGAGGACCAUCACUUUUCAUGGAAAGCAGGUCAGUGGGGUCAGUGUAUCGGGGAGGAGUGUGGUUCUGGCGGGGUUCAGACAAGGACAAUAUGGUGUGUCCACAUGGAGGGCUGGACUACCCACCACUCACACUGCCAGCACAUGGACAAGCCAGAAAGCCAGCGUCACUGCUUUAAGGUCUGUGACUGGCACCAGGACCUCUUUGAGUGGGAAGUGUCUGACUGGGGGAGCUGUGUUCUCGUCCCUUUCUUUUCCAAUGAGCUCAAGCUGAGGACAGCUGAAUGCAUUACAGCACAACAUGGCAUCCAGAGGCGCCAAGUCCACUGUGUACGUACUUCAAACCGUACCACAGUCACCUUGCGGAUAUGUGAAUUCUUUUCUCAGAAACCACCUGUGGAGCAGGCUUGCCUUGUCCCCUGCCCCCAGGACUGUGUGGUUUCAGACUUCACCUCCUGGUCCAGUUGCAGCAAAACCUGCGGAGCUGGGCUACAGCAUCGGACUCGACAUGUCCUGGCCACACCAAUGUAUGGAGGGGCAAACUGCCCCAACCUGACCGAGACUAGGACUUGUUCAAGCCCUGUCAACUGCCCUGCUGGGGGGGGCGAGUACCAGUACAGCCUUAAAGUAGGGGCCUGGAGCGAGUGCCGACUCCCCCAUCACAAGGAUGCCCUGUUAAGUGGAAGGACCACAGUGGUCUUCAGCACCAGCUCCAAUGAGAACAACACAGUCACGUUGCACACGUUGGCCUCUCACCACCACCCCCAUCAGAUCCACCACCAUCACCAUGCUCAUGCACACAAUAAAUACCCAAUGUCAUGGGAACUGGAGGUGGGAUAUCAGACACGACAAGUCCGCUGCACACAGAGUGAGGGCAAAAAUGCUAUGCUGAGUCUCUGUACCAAGGACAACUCCCCCUUGACCUUCCAGGUAUGUGUGAUGCCCAAAGACUGUCAGACAUCUGAUUGGUCAUCGUGGAACCCGUGCUCUAAAACCUGCCGGUCCACCGACCUGUCUCCUGGUUACCGCCUCCGGUCACGAAUCAUGACGCAGAUCCCAGUUGGUGGCGGGAAACGCUGUCCUGUCCUUGAGGAAAAAGAAGCUUGCAACAUCAUGGGAGACUUACUUCCAAACUGCCCCAGGUAUGUGUGGAGGACCACUGAAUGGGGCGAAUGUCGCAUCCUCCCCUUACUGAGCCAGCAGGACCGGAGGCUGGCUAACAUCAGUAUUCUGUGUGGAGAGGGGAUCCAGACCAGGAAGACCUACUGUGUUCAAGUCCCUGAUGACUCAGCACCGCAUCACAGGAAAGAGGUGUCCAGGCCUGUGAAUGCCAGGCUCUGCGCUGGUGAAGAGCCCCCUUCAGCUGUCCAGCACUGCUCCAUCCCCUGCCAGAACCACUGCCUGCUCUCCCAGUGGUCAACCUGGGGUGCCUGCCUACAUGACAACUGCAAAGAACCACAGGGGAAGAAAGGUUUCAGACAGAGGAGGAGAGAGGUGUUGUGGGAGUCCAGCAGUUCUCCAGAGACCUGUCCUCAUCUGGUCGAGUCCACCCCCUGUGAGGAUCCCGGUUGCUACAGGUGGCAGGUCCAACAAGAGGGAAGUUGCAUUCCCAAUAAACACUCCUGUGGUCCUGGAAUUGCAGUCCAAAAGGUGACCUGUGUCAGCUCUGAAGGGGAAGAUGUGCCCAUCACCCACUGUGCAGACAACCCUCCACCCACAGAAGCGAUCUGCGAGGUGGCCUGUACUGCAGACUGUGUGGUUGGCUCCUGGUCCUCCUGGUCUCCGUGCUCACACAGCUGUGCCACUAAGACCUCAGAGGGCCGACAGAGCCGCACUCGCACUGUGUUGGCUAUCCCAGGGAAAGAAGGGAAGGAGUGUCCAACAGCUCCAGCACUGGAGGAGUGGAGAGUCUGUAAUGACCAUCCUUGCGUGGUGUUCUACUGGGAGGCCUCAGCGUGGGGUCCCUGUGUUGAGGAUACCUCCAUGGAUCUCAAUGGAACCAACCUCUGGAAUGGGACCCCUGCCUGUGCUGCGGGUGUCCAAAUCCGCAAAGUCAGCUGCAUUAAGAUGAACGUAGGACCUGUUAUAAGUAAAAGGUGUUCAGAUUCUUCUCGUCCAGAAACUGCUCGACCCUGUUUGCUUCCCUGCAAGAAAGACUGCAUUGUGACACCCUUCAGCGAAUGGACAGCCUGCAAGUCAACCUGUAUGCCAGAAAAUGCAACGGCCACCACACAGUCUCGAUACAGGACCAUCAUCCAAAGGUCUGCUAAUGGAGGUCAAGAGUGUCCUGACACACUGUAUGAAGAGAGAGAGUGUGAAUCACUUCCAGUUUGUCCAGUAUAUAGGUGGAAUACACACAAGUGGCACAGUUGCACUCUGGUUCCAGAAUCUGUUCGACGGGGAUUAACUAGACCAGGAGAAGCCUGUGGAAAUGGUUUAGAAACAAGAGGAGUCAGUUGUGUAUUGGAGAACGGUGAGUCGGCCAAUAUGAUGGAGUGCCUGCGAUGGGCUGGCCCCUUGCCCCCUCAGAUCAGAGAGUGCCGGGUGGUUUGCAAGGAUGACUGCACUCUAACUUCAUGGUCCAAGUUCUCUGAAUGCACUGGAUGUGGCACCUCAACAAGUCGAAAGCGCUCACUCACAGGUCGCAGCAAAAAGAAGGAUCAUUGCCUGAAUGAGGAGUUGUACCCACUGGAAGAGACAAAGGCUUGUCCCUGUGAUGAGAUUUUUUCCCAGCCCUAUGGGAACUGGUCUUCUUGCAUCUUCCCCGAUCCUUUGGUCUCAGGGUCCCUGCAGGGCUGGAUGAGCCACCGAGAGGUAAAGGAGUGUGGUCAAGGUCUCCGCUACAGAGCCGUGGCCUGCAUUGACCAGCAGGGACACCUGGUCGACCCUAAACUCUGUACAGACUCAGGCUACUUGAUGGAGAUUUGCCACAUCCCUUGCCCCCUAGACUGUAAGCUCAGUGACUGGUCAGCCUGGUCAGCCUGCAGUGCAUCCUGUGGCAAUGGGUUGAAGAUCAGGUCUAAGUGGCUCAGGGAGAAAGCUUUCAAUGGGGGACGCCCAUGCCCCAAGCUGGACCUGAAAAACCAGGUGUAUGAGGCUGUGCCAUGCCACAGUGAAUGCAGCCAGUACGAGUGGAGGAUUGAGCCCUGGUCUAUUUGUACCAUCAACACUGUGGAUGACCUGCCAGCCUGCGGGGAGGGAGUCCAGAGCCGCAAGAUCAGGUGUGUGAAGAAGGGAGCGAGUGGGGAAGCCAGCAGUGUGGAGGACAGUCUGUGUGAUCAGGAGGAAAUGCCACCCAGAGCCCAGGUCUGCUUUCUGGCUUGCCCCAACGACUGUGUCUUGGCACCCUGGGGACCUUGGACCAACUGCUCCCUGCAAUGUGACCACGGGACAGCAAGGAACAGGAGUAGACAUAUCCUCCGACUCCCAGCCUCGGAAAACUCUGCCUGUCCAGAGUUGGUUCAGUCAGAGCCUUGCGUCCUCAACAGCACCUGCUUCACCUACCAGUACAGAGUCUCAGACUGGAGUACAUGCCAGCUGAGUGAAAAUGCCGUCUGUGGUCAGGGUUCACGGCUGCGUCUCCUGGACUGUAUUCGCAGUGACGGCAAUAUCGUGGAGCUGCAGAAGUGCGAGCAGUUUGGUCUGACCAACAGGUGGAGGCUGUCAGAGAGCUGUGUGGUUGACUGUCCUGUCAGCUGCAUACUCUCCGACUGGUCGCCAUGGACGGAAUGCUCGCGCACCUGUGGUAGCCAAGGUCUGUCUGUGCGCACGCGGAGAAUUCUGCAGGAGGCUCAUGAGGAGGGUCGUCCCUGUCCUAACCAGCUCACCCAGACCAAACCAUGUCCCAUAAAGCCUUGCUAUAUAUGGCUGCUGAGUGACUGGUCCUCAUGCACUGUAGAGGGUGCAGAGUGUGGUGAGGGGCUUCGGAAAAGGAACCUGUCCUGUGUGGUCCACUGGGGCGACUGGCCUGAGUCUCCUCCUCAGCCAGUAGAGGAGGAACUUUGUGGAGACAAACUUAUGCAGCAGAUUCAACAGGAGAUGGAGCAGCCCUGCUUUGUCCCCUGCCCAGGAGACUGCCAUUUGACUGAGUGGUCAUCUUGGAGCUCUUGCCAGCUGACCUGCCUGGAGGGGCGGAGCUUUGAGACCAUCGGUCGCCAAGCCCGCUCCAGAGCUGUGAUCAUUCAGGUCAUGGAGAACCAGGGCAGCUGCCCACGUCAAAUCUUUGAGACCCAGCCUUGUAAAGAAGGAAAAUGCCACAGUUACCAGUGGAGGACAGGAGGAUGGAGCAACAAUGAGAGAGUAGUGUGGUGUCAGCGCUCAGAUGGUGUAAAUGUCACAGGGGGGUGUUUCCCACAGAAAAGGCCAACCACGGUCAGACACUGCCAUCCUCCGUGCACUAAGCCCUUCUCACACUGCACACCGAGCGGAGUGUGUGGGUGUGAGAAGGGUUACACUGAAGUGAUGACCACACACGGUUUCUUGGACUACUGCACCAGAACCCCAGGGGUGGACAACAACAAGAAAGCUGAUGUGAAAACUAACUCUGGAAGAUUAAAACCCAGGCCAUCUCAAGCCCAGGAUCUCUUCAGCGAGUGGACCUUGCGACCCGUUGGCCCAGAUGGAAGAGUAAAGCUGUGGGUUUACGCCGUGACUGCUGUUGGAUUCAUCUUAAUACUCUUCAUUAUUGCAAUAUCAUUCCUGGUCUGUAAACCAUCCAAAGCCACUAAGACAUCUCCUCCACCGCAGAAGCCAUUGACCCUGGCGUACGAUGGUGACAUGGAUAUGUAACCAGGCUGCUAUACCUCACACGCCCGGCCUCGGACAGACUCCUGACUGUGUUGAGAUUGUUAGCAAGCACGUCCGUCACAUACUACUGAUUACUGAUCUGUUUGAGCUGGGUGACUUUCUGCUGUAAUGUCAACUGUAUUGCAAAAAUGGAGCAAAUGGACAAAUAGUGUAGCUCACAUGUGAUUUGCUGCUGAUGGGCGAUAUAGCCCAGAAUUUUGGCUACAGCCGUCUUUCCUCUAAGAAGAAGAGGAAGCAGAGCUGAUCAAGAUGAAAAUGGGACAGAAAUGUCUCUAGACAUAUGAAAUAAAAGGACCUCUAGUUUCUUUUUUUAAUGGCUUGCAACACGAACACAUAGUUGAAGCACUGUUUGCAAUGCACAAAACAUGAAGACUCCUAAAAAGCAAAGACGAAGUGAAUCCAAAGGUGUUGACCUUGGAGUUCAGAGGGGCCCGCUGGUUAACUGUCUGGUAUUUGUGUCGUGAGGGAGACAAAAUAUCUUGAGUCAGCAGUCACUCAUGACAUUCAAAGGACUAUGGAACAUUGACAUCUGACCUUAUCUCAUCAGUGCUGGAUCUUUGUAAAAGAAAAUGUCACAAGCCCUUUGGGAAAACAAACAGCCUUUUUUUGAAUUUCUGAGAAUAAACAAGAUGCUUUAUGCACUAUGUUAGUGCUGAUUCACUUUUUUUGGUUUUCCUUUCAAUUGACUUUUCUAGUGUUUUAAUUGUAAUGCAAGUUGUUGCUGUCGGAUUGUGUUUUGUUGAUGAUGCCAUAUGUUGUGUAUAUGUGGAAACCAAAAGCAGGCUUGCCUUGAGUUAAAUGAUUCAGUGAUGCCCUAAUUUCUCCUCCCUGAUGCUCAUAAGAAAGUCGGUCACUGAGGAUUAAAUUAAGGAACAAUGUCAGAAUUGUGUAAUUUCUAAUAAAACAAAUGCCUGUUUCGAAGACAAAUGCAGUGCAGAAUUAUCAGAGAACAAUAUAGCCAGACCUUUAAUCCAAAUUAUCAAAUACCAGCAUGAUAAUGAUCAUACCUCAUACACACUUCACUUUCAUCAAAGGCAAAACAAAACAGCACUGAUCACCAAAACAAAUACAAGAAUAAAAAGGAAGAAUUAUCCACUGGAUAUAAAAUUGUUUUCAUUAGAGUAAAAUGUGCUUUAUUUCUUUCUCAAUAAUGUCAUACUUUAAUCAUUUUCUUUUUACACCACUUAUGUCAUAAAUUAUAUCUCAAUACAAGGUUGGCUGACAGAGAGCAAGGCGACAGACUAGUUCUUGACAGUUUGGAGUUCUUUUCUUCCUGUUUUUUUUUUUAAAUUAAUUUAAUUGCACCAAAACAUGAAAGAUAGCAAAUACCCAAUAUUUGUGGGCACAUAUUAAUUCAGUAGGCUAUUUCUUAUUUCUUUUUAUCUGGCUCAUGCACAAAAGUAAAGUAUUUAGCCCAAAAAUUUUCUUACAGAUUUCCACUUACAGUACAAGGCAUACUUGAUUUUUAUUGCCAUCUGAAAUCACCUUGGUGGAUCGUAAAUUCUUACCUUUAAUAUCAUUUAGACAUGGAUCCUCCUGUGCACCAUUCGUAAUACCCAGUGGAGAAUUAAGUUCCUAAUACUUGGUGGUUUUGGCAAUGACCAGAGUUUACAUUGUUGCUCUGCCUCCACAAACUGAAGAUUUGGUCUUGUGUUAUCUGACCUCCUUCUGAAUGUAUUUUACCUGAAACUCUAUAAUCUUAAUGGCUGUGCAAAUAUGGUUGUUACAUGCUGUAACAAAUGCAUUUCAACAGCUGAUUGUAUGUAGGCAUGCUUGAUCCAUUUUUGGCAUAAAGUUGCUCCAAGUGGCCUUGCAAAGAUCCUGUUUUACAAGUUGCCAAACAUUUUGAAGUAUUUUCUUUUAAGCAGUGUUUCUAAUAUUUGACCACUGAAGGGACAUAUGGUAAAUGUUAGGUCAAUGUACAACCAAAUUGUGAAAUGUUUUAAAUUUUUAGAUAAAACAACCAACUAAUUAAGAUAUUAUUUGGUCACAUUUACAUUAUAAAACAAAGAACCACCUCUGACCUGAUAAGAGUACUCUAUUGGGUUAUGUCCCAGAAAAGUGUGUUCAUUCAUUGUUUACAGUACCAUGCUAUUUGUGUUACUAUUGUGUGUACA